AUGGAGCUGUCCCCCCGCAGCCAUCCCGAGAUGCUGGAGUCGGAUUGCCCGUCACCGCUGGAGCUGAAGUCAGCCCCCAGCAAGAAGAUGUGGAUUAAGCUUCGGUCUCUGUUGCGCUACAUGGUGAAGCAGCUGGAGAACGGGGAGGUAAACAUUGAGGAGCUGAAGAAAAACCUGGAGUACACAGCUUCUCUGCUGGAGGCUGUCUACAUAGACGAGACACGGCAAAUCUUGGACACGGAGGAUGAGCUGCAGGAGCUGCGGUCAGAUGCCGUGCCUUCGGAGGUACGAGACUGGCUGGCCUCCACCUUCACCCAGCAGGCCCGGGCCAAAGGCCGCCGUGCAGAGGAGAAGCCCAAGUUCCGGAGCAUCGUGCACGCGGUGCAGGCUGGGAUCUUCGUGGAACGGAUGUUCCGGAGAACGUAUACCUCUGUGGGCCCCACCUAUUCCACUGUGGUCCUCAACUGUCUCAAGAUUCCCACUGUGUUUUUGAUGACUUUCCUGGAGGCACUGGAGACAGGCUAUGGGAAGUACAAGAACCCUUACCACAACCAGAUCCAUGCAGCUGAUGUUACCCAGACAGUCCAUUGCUUCUUGCUCCGCACAGGGAUGGUGCAUUGCCUGUCGGAGAUUGAGGUCUUAGCCAUCAUCUUCGCUGCAGCCAUCCACGACUAUGAGCACACGGGCACUACCAACAGCUUCCACAUCCAGACCAAGUCGGAAUGUGCCAUCUUGUACAAUGAUCGCUCAGUGCUGGAGAAUCACCACAUCAGCUCUGUCUUCCGAAUGAUGCAGGAUGAUGAGAUGAACAUUUUCAUCAACCUCACCAAGGAUGAGUUUGUAGAGCUACGGGCCCUGGUCAUCGAGAUGGUGUUGGCCACGGACAUGUCCUGCCAUUUCCAGCAAGUGAAGUGCAUGAAGACAGCCUUGCAGCAGCUGGAGAGGAUUGACAAGUCCAAGGCCCUGUCUCUACUGCUCCAUGCUGCCGACAUCAGCCACCCAACCAAGCAGUGGUCGGUUCACAGCCGCUGGACCAAGGCCCUCAUGGAGGAGUUCUUCCGCCAGGGCGACAAGGAGGCAGAGCUGGGCCUGCCCUUUUCUCCCCUGUGUGAUCGUACUUCCACUCUGGUGGCACAGUCACAGAUCGGGUUCAUCGACUUCAUCGUGGAGCCCACCUUCUCUGUGCUGACUGAUGUGGCCGAGAAGAGUGUCCAGCCCCUGGUGGAUGAGGACUCCAAGUCUAAGAACCAGCCCAGUUUCCAGUGGCGCCAGCCUUCUCUGGAUGUGGAAGUGGGAGACCCCAACCCUGAUGUGGUCAGCUUCCGCUCUACCUGGAUCAAAUACAUUCAGGAGAACAAGCAGAAAUGGAAGGAACGGGCAGCAAGUGGCAUCACCAACCAGAUGUCCAUUGACGAACUGUCGCCUUGUGAGGAAGAGGCCCUGCCCUCCCCUGCCGAAGAUGAACACAACCAGAAUGGGAAUCUGGACUAG